GUCCUGGUCGACCAUCUCGCGCUUCCGCAAUGCAAAUCACGCAGUCAAACUCAAACUGCGUAGCAUGGACAUUAUUUACAAGUGACGGGUUCUUUAACCGAGCAUUUGGUUUCCAGCUGAAGUAGAUUUGUUCCUGCAGUGACAUUAUGGCGACAGCAUCAACAGUGUCAGAAGAUUUGCAACCUUUGAAGCGGAGCAGCAGUUUUGGAUUACUGCCACCUUCCUUUUCUGAGCUGAGGGUAGUUCUGCUGGGGAACAGCUGGGCUGAGAGGAGUUCAGUGGGGAACUUCAUACUUGGAGACACUGCGUUCAACACUGAGAAAGAACCAGACCUGUUUCUGAAAGUCAGUGGACAGUUAAAAGGAAAAGAAAUAGUCCUUAUCAACACCCCAGAUCUGCUGCAUCCCAACAUCACCCAACGGAAACUUUCACAAUAUGUAAACAACUGUGUGAGGCUCUCUGAUCCUGGACCUCAUGUGUUCCUGCUGGUUCUACAGCCUGAGUACUUCACUGAGAACCACAAACUGACACUCUGCAGAGUCCUGCAACUCUUUGGUGAUCAAUCAUUCGAUCAUUCACUGGUAUUAAUAUCACCACCAGAAGAGGGGAGUUCAGGUUUCAAUGAAAAUGUUAUGCAACAGCCAGCAUUAAAAGACAUGAUCAGAAUGUGUAGAAACAGAUAUGCGAGUCAGAACCUUGACCAUUCAGAGCUGUUAACACGUUUGAGUCAAACUGCAAAGGAGAACAACGGAGAGCAUGUGAGCUGUGAUGUGUUUGAGGAUGCAGGUUUGAUGAUGGCACCAAAGUCUGAACUCAUCAAACCAGCUUUAAACCUGGUUCUGUGUGAGAGGAGAGAAGCAGGGAAGACUUCAGCAGCCGAGGCCAUUUUAGGUCUGAGAGAGCUUCCUUCAGUCUCCAACUCCUCAGCAUGUGUUAAACAUCAAGGAGAGGUGUGGGGACGAAGGGUUUCCCUGGUGGAGCUCCCUGCUAUGUGUGGAAAACCUCAGGAGGAAGUGAUGGAGGAAUCAUCCAGGUGUAUCUCCCUCUGUGAACCUGAAGGCGUCCAUGCCUUCAUCCUGGUCCUACCUGUGGGUCCCCUCACUGAUGAAGACAAGGGAGAGUUAGAGACCCUCCAGAACACAUUUAGCCCUCGGGUCAACGACUUCACCUUGAUUCUGUCCACAGUGGAGUCAGAUCCUACAGCUCCAGCUGUUGUUAACUUUCUAAAGGAGAACAAGGACCUCCAGGAGCUCCGUCAGAGAUGUGGAGGAAGACAUGUUGUUCUCAACAUCAAGGACCAGCAGCAGAUCCCAGAGCUGUUAGAUGCUGUGCAAGAGAUGAGAGGUACAGGAUCUAGGAGCUUUACAAAGGACAUGUUCACCAAGGCUCAGAUGGAGAAGGUUGUAGAGCUGGAUAACACCAACAGAAGACUUAAAGCUGAACUGCAGGAAGUUAAAAAGAAAAGUCAGGAGGGAGAUGUUGAUGAAAGUCAGAACAGAGAGUGUCUCAGGAUGGUGCUGAUUGGGAAGACUGGCAGUGGGAAGAGUGCAACUGGAAACACCAUUUUGGGCAAAGAAUAUUUUGAAUCAACUGUCAGUUCAAAUUCAGUGACCAGGUUUAGCACGAAAGCAACAGGAGAGAUUGAUGGACGUCCUGUCGCUGUGGUGGACACACCCGGUCUGUUUGACACAGCAAUGUCCAAUGAUGUAGUUCAAGAGGAGCUUGUGAAAUGCAUCAGCUUGUCGUCUCCUGGACCUCAUGUGUUCUUACUCGUGCUGCCGAUCGGCCGAUUUACCAAGGAGGACAUAGACACUGUGAAACUGAUCAAAACAUGUUUUGGCAAGAGAUCUGGAGAUUUCAUCAUUCCUAUAUUCACCAGAGGAGACGAUCUGAAGAAUCAAACAAUAGAGAAUUUCAUAAAAUCUAAUGACCUCUUGAAAAAACUGAUAAAUGACUGUGGAGGGAGAUACCAAGUCUUCAAUAACAGAGAUCAGAGCGACUGCAGGCAAGUCAGAGAGCUGAUGGAGAAGACCAACAAAAUGCUGAAGGAAAAUGGCGGCAGCUGCUUCACCUCAGAGAUGUUUCAAGAGACCGAGGCGGCCAUACAGAAGGAAAUGGAGAAGAUCCUGAAGGAGAAGGAAGAAGAAAUGCAGAGAGAGAGGGAGGAGAUGCAACGAAAACACGAGGAGGAAAUGGAAGUAAUGAAGAGAAGAAUGAAACAAGAGCGAGACGAAAGUGAGCAGAGAGCCAGACAGCUUAAAGAAAUGGAGGAAAAUAUCAACAAGGAACGAGAGGAGAGAAGGAGAGAUGAGGAGAAGAGAAGGAAAGAGGAGACUGAGAAGAAAAGGCAGGAAGAAAUUCAACGAAAGGACUGGGAGAAAAAAGUGUUGGAGCAGAAAAACAGAGAGAUGGAAAAGCAAAAGGAAGAAUGGGAGAAGGAGAGAGAAGCAGCUCGGAUCAAACAACAAGAAGAAAAUGAAAAGAGACGACAAGAGGAGCAAACAAAACUUCAGUUGUUGCAGGAAGAGUACGAGCAGGAGAAAGAAAAACAUGAACAACUAAGAAAAGAAGAAGAUAGAAAGAGAAGAGAACAGGAGAAGAUAAAAGAAAUGGAGGAAAACUAUGAAAAAGAACUGGAAAAAAUGGAAUGGAAAUAUAAAGAGGCUGCAAGAAAACUAGCCGAAGAAAACAGUGAUCUAAAAAAAGAAAACGAAAGACCCAGACAAAAACUGAAAAACAAAGAGUGCACCAUCCAAUGAUCUUCAUACUGACUCAUCAUCAUCAUCAUCAUCAUCAUCAUCAUCACGUCAGCAGAUGGAACAUCAUGUCCUCUUCAUUUAACAGCAGAUUUCUGGAUGAUAAUUCUCAACAGAGUCAAUCAGGCCACUCAUUGAGACAUUUCCACUUUGUGAGUAUUUGUUAUAACUAGGGAUGCACAAUAUUGGUUUUUUGAAACCGAUACCGAUAACUUCCUGCUUCUCAAGACCGAUACCGAUAACCGAUAAUAAUAUAAUAUAUAUAUAUAUUAAAUGUACCUGUAGUUUUUGCACACCUGGUGGUAAAAAAGAGACUAGUAGUGAGCAAAUGACAUGAGCGUUACUACUAUGAACA